ACCAGCAGAUUGUUUGCAAUUCACAUGGGUGAUAUAAUUUUAUUGAGUGUUUUCAUUUAAAUUCCAAUUUAUUGGUGAUAAUCAACCCAUUUUAUUGCAAAAUAACGAAUUCUGGGAUUUAUAUUUAAGAUUAGAUUUUAUCUCUGAACUACUUUUUUUACAACAAAUGAAAGUGUUUUGUGAUUAAUACGCAUUGUUUUGAGUGUGAUAUAUGAUGUUUCCUUUGAAUAUUAAGUCAUGUAUUCAGAUAUUAUCACUUAUUUUUGCUUUGUCAAACGUAAACGGACAAGAUAGAAAGAUAAAUGCGACGCUCUAUCCAGGGUGCCAAGUUUGCACAGAAAAUGACACCCUCAUAUAUAUAAGAGCAGAGGGCACUCAUGAUACAAUACAUCAAAUAUGGGACUUUACCCGAGGUAUACCUAUGGUGAUCCUUGCUGUUGCUGGAGUCAAUUCUUCAAUGAAUAUAACAUGGAAACACACUAGGCCAGUCAAUUUCACAAUGUCUGAGAAUCCCAAGUAUAGCUUUUCUACAGCUAUAGAUAAGUUGUAUGAAUAUAAUGACAUUCAUGACAAAGGAUACAUUGAUGACAGUGAUGGCCCAUGGCGCCCAGUCAGCCUCUCAGGGACAAAAUGGUUGCCACAGAAUAUGGUGCUCACAGAUCAGGAGGUAAUGGUGCAGCUAAGAGGUUAUGUCAGUGACCAUGGCAGAAGCGGUAUUAUAGAUAUCAAGGUGGAUAUGCUGCCGUUCAGAGACUACGCGGUGGAGCUGCCGCACCUGAUCCACUCAGCCAACUCGUCGCUGUUGGACGUGAGCCUGGUGAACCUGACGCGCAGCCGCGACUUCAACUCGUCGCGGUUCGCGCUCAACCUGCUGCUCGUCAGCCAGCAGCGCGGCAACGGCACGCUGGAGACCAUCGUCAGGAAGAGCUUGGACGAUGAACACACGCCCGGCAUAUUCGAGGUCACUUAAAAACAAAUACAGGCAAUCCUCGGUUUUACGUCAUGUUAGGUAGUAGAGACGUAAAACGAGACACAUUUUUCCAUACAUUACAUUCCCUGGCGGCAUUUUAACUUGAAAAUAGGUUUUUGUUUUGGAAAUGAGUCUCUGACGAGAAUUAGAAAAAAUAAUAGAUUUAAGUAACGAAACAUGUAAUUUUGAACGUAUUUAACUUUUUGAAAUCAGAAGAAUUAAUUAAAAUUGAUAUUAAUAAUAAAACAAAGCUCG